AUGAGUGCAUCAGGCCUGGCUGGGUUUCUAGGCCAUGCCUGGCCCAUCACGUGGAGAGCUGCACGAUCAUCCCUUCUGCAGCAUUUUUUGAAGAAAACAAAUUCUUUACAAAGAGGGAAGUCUGAAUCCAUCAAACAACCCCUUAAAAAGCCAAAGUUACCAGAAGGUCGUUUUGAUGCACCCGAGGAUUCUUAUUUAGAGAACGAACCACUUGAAAAAUUUCCAGAAGAUGUCAAUCCUGUUAUUAAAGAAAAGGGUGGGCCCACGGUCCCAGAAAAGCAAGGAGAUCUGUAG